GAUAGGGAAAGGGGGAACUCGGUCCGCAGAAGGGAAGGCGGAAGGAGGUGAUCACAUCGGGCCCUCGGGAUCGCGGUGCUGUCCUGCCUGAAGGCUCACAGUGCGGGCGGCAGCACGGUGCGGGCCUCUCGCCGUCCCACGGAACGCUAAUCGCCGUGGGUCGAACGGCGCAUCCCCCCUCAGCGCGGAGUGGUACCGCCCUCGGUUGAUCAAGUUUCGCGGCAAAACGAGUCCUGCGGGCGGGCCGGGGGGAGCGGCCCAUUCUCCGUGAAGGCGGGAGGGUGAUGCUUGCUGGUCGGUACAGGCAACUUUCCGGAGAGAUAAAAACCCUACGUGGCGCUUCUCCACACGUCCUUGCCCUACUGAAACGUUCCGCCCAGAAUUUGCCCGCCGUUCUCCUUCCUCAGAGUGCGCCAACCCGGAUACAACAGAGCCGCCUUCCCCCCAUCACCCCAGGCAGCGUUGGGUCGGUCCGAGGGGCGGCCCCUCCCGGCCCGCUGUGCGCACUGAGCAGGAUGGCGGGCGGCGUGCAGGAGUGCCUCCAGCAGCUGCACGGCUGCCUGCAGCCCGGCGAUGCCAUGCGCGGCUACGGGCUGCUGCGCGGCCUCGGCGAAGCCUGCCUCACCUGCUCGGCCGGCGGCGCGCUGGCGCUGCACGUCUCCCUGGUGUUCGCCCCGGAGCGCGGCCUGCUGGCUUUCAUCUGCCGCUCGCUCGGCGUGGAGGAGUUUCGAGAAUGCAGGGAAGAAGCGCUGAAGUUUCUCUGCGUCUUUUUGGAAAAGAUUGGAGAGAGAGUUCAUCCUUACGCCUGCAGCCUUAAGCAAACUUGCAUUAGUGUUUAUACAAAGGAGAGGGCAGCAAAAUGUAAAAUUCCAGCUCUGGAACUUCUGAUUAAGUUGCUCCAAAGCUUACGACGUUCCUGUCUGAUGGAAGAGAUGAAAGUUGGGGAAAUCUUUAAUAAGUUCUAUGGGGAGCUUGCUAUAAGAACUAAAGUUUCUGAUACAGUACUUGAGAAGAUCUAUGAGCUUUUGGGAGUUUUGGGAGAAGUCCAUCCUACUGACAUGAUUAACAACUCUGAAAAACUAUUCCGAGCGUAUUUGGGAGAGCUUAAAACACAGAUGACAUCAGCUACAAGGGUCCCCAAGCUACCUGUUGUAGCAGGAUGCCUGAGGGGACUGACUGCACUCAUGUACAACUUUACCAAGUCUGUGGAUGAAGAUGCUCAAACUUCAAAGGAAAUUUUUGAUUUUGCAGUGAAGGCUAUCAGGCCACAGGUUGAUCAGAAGCGAUAUGCAGUACAUUUAGCUGGUUUACAGUUGUUCAGCUGGCAUGCUGCUCAGUUUGGUACCCUGCUCUUGGACAGCUAUGUCAUGCUCUUUGAAACAAUGUGUAGAUGGUGUGGCCACACAAAUCAAGAGCUGAAGAAAGCCGGUCAUAAUGCACUAGAUUCAUUCCUCAAGCAGAUGUCUUUAAUGGUGGCGAAGGAUGCAGAGCUACACAGGAGCAAAUUGAAGUUCUUUAUGGAGCAGUUCUAUGGGAUCAUCAGAAGAAUGGAUUCGAGCAACAAGGAGCUGUCCAUUGCUAUUCGUGGAUAUGGGCUAUUUGCAGCACCCUGCAAAGCUGUACAUCCUACAGAUGUUGAUGCCAUGUAUGUUGAGCUCCUGCAGCGCUGUAAGCAAAUGUACCUCACAGAGGGAGAGACAGUGGAUGACCGUCUGUAUCAGCUUCCAAGUUUCCUCCAGUCCAUAGCAAGUGUGAUAUUCCAUUUAGACAAAAUUCCAGAAGUGUACACUCCAGUUCUUGAACAUCUAGUUGUGCUACAAAUCAAUAGCUUUCCACAAUACAGUGAAAAAAUGCAGUUAGUCUGUUGCAGAUCUAUAAUAAAGGUGUUUCUAGCCCUCUCAAUAAAAGGUCCUGUUCUCUGGAGUUUCAUUGGCACGGUUGUGCAUCAGGGAUUAAUCAGAGUAUUCUCCAAGCCAAUGACGUUUUCAAAGGAUGUUUUCGGAAAAGAAACUUCUGGAUCAGAAGACUUCCCAGAAUCUGGAGAAGUUGAGACAGCAAAAUGGAAAGUACCAACCUAUAAGGACUAUUUGUAUCUCUUCAGAAGUUUACUGAGCUGUGACAUGAUGAAGGAAUCCAUUUUUGAAGAAGAAAACUUUCUUACUGGAAAUUCAGCACUGCAGUCUCUGAAUCGAUUGCUGUAUGAUGAACUCAUAAAAUCUAUUUUGAAGAUUAUUGAGAAGUUGGAUCUGACUGUUCAGAAACUGAAUGUCCACGAGCAGGAUGAAAAUGAAACUGACAAUGCUUUUAUUGGACCUACUUCUGACCCUACUUCGAACCUUCAGCCAAAGAAACCUACGGACUUUAUUGCCUUUAUAAACCUGGUAGAAUUCUGCAGAGACAUACUUCCAGAUAAACAUGUUGAAUACUUUCAGCCUUGGGUUUAUUCCUUUGGUUACGAGCUUAUUGUACAUUCAACGAGACUACCUCUUAUCAGUGGAUUUUACAAGCUGCUUUCUGUUACAAUGAAGAUUGCCAAGAAAAUAAAAUACUUUGAGGGUGUCAGUCCAAAGAGUCUCAGAAAAGCUACUGAAGACCCUGAGAAGAGUUCUUGCUUUGCCCUGUUUGCGAAGUUUGGAAAAGAGGUUACAGCAAAAAUGAAACAGUAUAAAGAUGAGUUGUUGGCAUCCUGUCUAAACUUUUUACUUUCUUUACCCCAUGACAUCAUCAUGCUUGAUAUCAAAGCUUAUAUUCCUGCACUGCAGAAUGCAUUUAAGCUGGGCCUUAGCUGUACACCAAUGGCUGAUCUGGGACUGGAUGCUUUGGAAGAUUGGUCAGCUCACAUCCCCAGGCAUAUAAUGCAACCUUAUUAUAAGGAUGUGCUACCUCUUCUUGAUGGUUAUUUGAAAAGCUCUGCAAGUACAGUUGAACCCCAAAAUAACUGGGAAGUAAGGAAGCUUUCCCGAGCAGCCCAGAAAGGAUUUAACAAAAUUGUGAUACAGCGUUUAAGAAAAGCAAAAACUUCUUCAUUGGAUGACAGUCCCUCCUUGGAAGCAGUGAGGACUAGAGUGGCUCGCCUUCUUGGCUCUUUAGGAGGGCAGAUCAACCACAACUUAAUUACGGCCACCUCUGCAGAAGAGAUGAUGAAGAAAUGUGUGUCCUGGGACACCGAGAACCACCUGAGCUUUGCUGUGCCAUUUGCAGACAUGAAGCCUGUCAUCUACUUGGAUGUGUUUCUGCCUCGUGUGACUGACCUGGCUCUUUCUGCAAGUGACAGACAAACAAAGGUUGCAGCAUGUGAACUGCUACAUAGCAUUGUUGCAUAUAUGCUGGGGAAAGCAUCUCAGAUGCCAGAAAGACAACAGGGUCCACCACCCAUGUAUCAGUUAUACAAACGAAUAUUUCCAGUACUGCUUCGUCUUGCCUGUGAUGUAGACCAGGUAACGAGACAGUUGUAUGAGCCUUUAGUCAUGCAGCUCAUUCACUGGUUUACAAACAACAAGAAAUUUGAGAGUCAAGAUACAGUGACGUUUCUGGAAGCUAUCUUGAGUGGCAUAGUGGAUCCAGUUGACAGCACUCUGAGAGAUUUCUGUGGUCAAUGUGUGCGAGAAUUUUUGAAGUGGUCUAUUAAGCAGACAACACCGAGACAGCAGGAGAAAAGCCCAGCAAACACCAAGUCUCUUUUUAAAAGAUUAUAUAGUCUUGCUCUUCAUCCCAGUGCUUUCAAGAGACUAGGUGCAGCGCUUGCUUUUAACAGCAUCUACAGAGAAUUUAGGGAAGAGAAUUCUCUGGUGGAACAGUUUGUGUUUGAAGCAUUGGUGGUAUUUCUGGAAAGUCUGGCUUUAACCCAUACAGAUGAGAAAUCAUUAGGUACCACCCAACAAUGUUGUGAUGCUAUUAAUCACCUGAAGCGCAUAAUCAAGCAUAAAGCACCUGCUCUGAACAAGGAAGGAAAACGGCGGGUACCACGGGGAUUUCCAGCUACUAAGUCAGUGUGCCUUCAGGAUGUUGUCAUGUGGCUCUUAGUGCAGUGUGGACGACCUCAGAUGGAGUGUCGACAUAAAGCCAUGGAGCUCUUUUAUGAAUUUGUUCCUUUAUUACCAGGAAACAAUUCUCCAUCUUCUUGGCUGGCUGAUGUUUUAAAAGAGAGAGGUGUUUCCUUCCUUACUAAUAAAUUUGAAGGAGGUGGCAGUGAUGCCAAAAGCCCAUCUGGGAUUCUUUCUCAGCCAACUCUCCGUAGUAUGCAGGAGCCCUUUAGUUUACCGACUGUCAUGAGGUGGAUGGACAUGUUCUUAGCAGCACUGGAUUGCUACAAUACUUUCUUUGAGCUGCGAAUGAUCAAGCCUCAUGAAAUACUGGGUGUAAAUGACAAGUCUUCAUUCUUGAAAGCAGUGGAUUUCUUCCUUGAAACUAUUGCCUUGCAUGAUAUUCAUGCAGCAGAGCAGUGCUUUGAUUGCAGGUCAAGAGGCAACAUAUUCAGUCCUCAAGAGAGAGAAGUAUAUAAUUACAGUAAGUGUACAAUUAUCGUGCGAAUCAUGGAGUUUGUCACCAUGAUCCUGGAAACGUGCCAGCAGGAUUUCUGGAAGCUACUUGAGAAGGAAUUGCUUAAUGCAAACUUUGUAGAGCUUCUGGUGAUGACAGUGUGUGAUCCAUCACAUAUAGGGUUUAAUACAGCUGAUGUACAAGUCAUGAAAAAUCUCCCGGAUAUCUCAGUGAGACUCUUGAAAGCUUUGAUGAAAUCUCCCUAUAAAGAAGAUUUGCAAGUAUCUUUAAGAGAGAGAAUCACCCCACAGAGCUUUGAGGACCUUUGUUCUGUUGAUCUGUUUAAUUCAGAUGCGCGUUUUGAUCAAGUUAGGUUCAGUGCUGUUCUUUCUGCCUGCAAGCAACUCCAGAAAUCUGGUCUGCUUCAUUCUGUUCUUCACAAUCAGGGUGGAAGGCCUCAUUCCUCAAUUGGCUCUAAGCUUCUUUCAGUUGUUUAUAAAGGCAUUGCACCUGGGAGUGAAAGAAGCUCUCUUCCAGCAGUAGACAUCAGCAGUAAGCGAUUAGCUGAUAGACUCCUGCAGCUUGCCUUUGCCAUUGAUGACCAGUGUGAGGAGCUAGUAAGUCUGCUGUUGAACACAGUGGUGUUAUCUGUGCCGUUAUCCGAAGCCUCAGAGAGAAACUUUGUCAAUUUUUCUCAUGGACAGUAUUUCUACAGCCUGUUCUCAGACACCAUUAAUCAGCAGCUGCUAAAAAAUCUGGAUGUGAUAGUAGUCCAGCUUAUGGAAUCAUCUGUCAGCAAUCCCCAAAUGGUUGGAAGCAUUUUGAAUGGCAUGUUAGAUCAGAGUUUUAGGGAGCGUACCAUACGCAAGCAGCAAGGAGUGAAACUGGUCACAGCAGUACUGAGAAACUGGAAGAGACUUGACAGCUGGUGGGCCAAAGGUUCAUCUCCUGAGAGCAAAAUGGCAGUCUUGACUCUGCUGGCAAAAGUUCUCCAGAUAGACUCUUCAGUUUCUUUCAAUACCAGUCAUGAAGCAUUUACAGCUGUUUUUGAUACCUAUACCAGUCUACUUACUGAUCAGAAUUUAGGCUUAAAUCUGAAGGGCCAGGCAGUGAUAAUUCUUCCAUUCUUCACUAAUUUGACUGGAGAAAAACUUAAUGAACUUAAGAAUGCUCUUGAUCAACUUGUAGCUUUCAAUUUUCCUAUGAGUUCAGAUGAGUUUCCCAAAGGAACCUUAAAGCACAAUAACUAUGUGGACUGCACUAAGAAGUUUUUAGAUGCUUUAGAGUUGUCUCAGAGUCCAGUGUUGUUGCAGUUGAUGACAGAAGUCCUCUGUAGGGACCAUAGACAUUCUAUGGAGGACUUAUUUCAAGCCAGCUUCAAAAGAAUUUCCAGAAGGAGCAGCGCUGACAAACAAGUGGUACUGCUGGACACUGUUCACAAGAUGUUCCAGAAUGAAGACCUUCUUUCAAAUACUGUCCGUCAAGCUUUUGUGGAUCGCUCUCUCCUCACUCUCAUGUCACACUGCAGCUUGGAUGCUUUGAGAGAGUUUUUUUGCAAGAUUAUAGUGCAGGCUAUGGAUACACUUAAUUCCAGGUUUACAAAGUCCAAUGAAAGUGUUUUUGAUACACAAAUCACCAAGAAAAUGUGUUAUUACAAGCUGCUGGAAGUGAUGUAUAUACGUCUUUCGAAAGAGGAUGUUCACUCCAAGGACUCUAAAAUUAACCAAGCUUACCGUGGUUCUGCAAGUGUAGAAGGAAAUGAACUUACCAAGGCACUAAUAAAGUUGUGCUAUGAUGCAUUUACAGAAAACAUGGCAGGGGAGAGUCAGCUGCUGGAGAAGAGGAGACAGUAUCAUUGUGCAGCAUAUAAUUGUGCUAUUGCUGUUAUUAGUUGUGUCUUCACUGAAAGUAAAUUUUAUCAAGGCUUUCUCUUUACAGAAAAAUCAGAAAAGAACUUGCUGAUUUUUGAAAACUUGAUAGACUUGAAGCGUCAGUACAUGUUUCCUGUAGAAAUUGAGGUUCCCCUUGAAAGGAAGAAAAGAUACAUUGCUAUUAGAAAAGAAGCCAGAGAGGCAUGGAAUGAUGGUCAGGAUGAACCCAAGUAUUUAGCUUCUGCAUCAUACAUGAUGGAUAGCAGUUUGAGUGAGGAAAUGAGUCAGUUUGAUUUUUCUACUGGAGUCCAAGGUUUUUCUUAUAGCUCCCAGGAUGUUGCAGCUAGCAGUGCUCACUUCAGGAGAAAGGAGACAUCAGAAUACAUGGUUUUAAAUGACGAGUUGGAACUGGAGAUGGAUGAACUUAACCAACAUGAGUGUAUGGCACCAAUGACCACUCUGAUUAAGCAUAUGCAGAGGAACCAGAUCACACCCAAAGUGGAAGAGGGCAUGGUUCCUGUAGACCUUCCUCUUUGGAUGAAAUUUCUGCAUAGUAAGUUAGGAAAUCCGUCUGUGCCAUUAAAUAUUCGCCUCUUCAUAGCAAAACUUAUUGUUAAUACCGAGGAUGUUUUCCGACCCUAUGCAAAGCAAUGGCUUGGUCCAAUGCUGCAGCUUGUUGUUUCUGGCAAUAAUGGAGGCGAAGGGAUUCAUUAUAUGGUAGUGGAAAUAGCAGUUACUGUUCUUUCCUGGACGAGUGUAACUACUCCCAAAGGGAAUAUUAAGGAUGAGAUUUUGGCCAACAGGUUGCUUGAAUUCUUGAUGAAGAAUGCCUUUCAUCAGAAACGAGCUGUGUUCAGACACAAUCUGGAAAUCAUAAAGACAGUUAUAGAGUGUUGGAAGAACUGUCUCUCCAUACCUUACAGCUUAAUAUUUGAAAAGUUUUCUAGUGGAGAUCCUGAUACAAAGGACAACUCAGUGGGAAUUCAGCUGCUGGGAAUUGUUCUAGCUAACAAUUUACCUCCCUAUGACCUGAAGUGUGAAAUAGAUCGUGUCAGGUAUUUUCAGGCUCUGAUCAGUAACAUGGGUUUAUUAAGGUAUAAAGAAGUUUAUGCAGCUGCAGCAGAGGUGUUGGGACUUGCUCUUCAGUAUAUAGCUGAGAGACAAAAUAUACUUGAAGAUCCAGUUUAUGAUUGUGUCAUAAAACAAUUAAAACAUCAUCAGAACUCCCAACAGGAUAAGUUUAUAAUAUGCUUGAAUAAAGUUGUUAAGAAUUUUCCUCCUCUUGCCGACAGGUUUAUGAAUGCAGUAUUCUUCUUAAUACCAAAACUUCAUGGUGUGAUGAAAAACUAUUGUCUGGAAGUAAUUAUGUGCCGAGCGGAGGAAAUACCUGAUCUUUAUCUGCAGUUAAAGAGUAAAGACUUCAUCCAGAUCAUGAAACACAGGGAUGAUGAAAGACAAAGGGUUUGUUUGGAUAUAAUAUACAAGAUGCUGUCUACACUGAAACCACCAGAACUUAAAGAACUUCUUCCUGGAGUGACAGGGUUCAUUUCUCACCCUUCUGUAAUAUGUCGACAGCGCAUGUAUGAUAUUCUGAUGUGGAUUUAUGAUAAUUACAGUGAUCCAGAAAGCCAAGCAGAUGAUGAUUCUCAGGAAGUGCGCGGACUGGCAAAAGAAAUCCUGCUUCAGGGACUGAUUGAUGAGAAUGCUGAACUGCAAUUAAUUGUUAGGAAUUUUUGGAGUGACGAGACAAGAUUACCUGCAAAUAUUCUUGAUCGUAUGUUGAUGUUGUUAAGUUCUUUAUAUUCUGCCAAGAUUGAAACACAGUACUUGAGUCUGAUCACAAAUUUUCUGCUUGAAAUGACCAGCAAAAGCCCAGAUUAUUCCAGAAAAAUAUUUGAGCACCCUCUAUCUGAAUGCAAAUUUCAGGACUUUGUAAUUGAUUCCAGUUGGCGUUAUCGAAGUACUAUGCUCACACCUAUGUUUGUGGAGACUCAGGCUUCACAGAGUACUAACAGGAAUUCAUCACAAGAAAGAUCCCUUUCCGUUUCUGGGUCAGUGGGUGGUCGAGUGAGAGCUACCCAAAGGCAAUAUGAAUUUACACCUACACAGAAUGUCAGUGGUAGAAGUUCUUUUAAUUGGCUAACUGGAAACAGCAUUGACACUUUGGCAGAGUAUACGGUUCCUUCUUCCUCUGAGUCUUUGUCUUCAUCCAUGCUGUUAGUUAACAAACGGAGUGAAAAAUUUAAACAAGCAGCCUUUAAACCUGUGGGGCCAGAUUUUGGGAAAAAAAGGCUGAGUUUACCUGGUGAUAAAGUGGACAGCAAAACUAAAGGUAUAGAUGAACGAGCAGAAAUUCUAAGACUGCGGAGGCGUUUCUUGAAGGACCAAGAGAAAGUCAGUCUGAUUUAUGCUAGAAAAGGUGUGGCUGAACAGAAAAGAGAAAAGGAGAUGAAAUCUGAGCUGAAGAUGAAGUUUGAUGGCCAGGUUACUUUGUACAGAAGUUACCGUGUAGGAGACCUUCCUGACAUCCAGAUUGAACACUCCAGCUUCAUUGCCCCUCUACAGGGCCUCGCCCAGAAAGAUCCAACAUUUGCCAAGCAACUUUUCAGCACUUUGUUUGGUGGAAUUUUUCAUGAGGUGGAAAAAUCUAAAAUUCUCUCUGAGAAAAAAGUCAUCAUCCAGAAGCUGCUGAAGGACUUCAAUCAUUUCCUUAGUACAAGCCUUUCUUACUUCCCACCAUUCAUUGCGUGCAUCCAGGAGAUAAGUUACAAGCACAGAGAGCUGCUGGAGCUGGAUUCAGCUAACGUGAGCACGAGCUGCCUUGCAAGUCUGCAGCAGCCCGUAGGCAUCCUUCUUCUGGAGCAGGCCCUGAUGGCGCUGUCCCCUGCAGAGGAGCCCCCGUCUAAGCGGAUGCGCGGCAGGACGGAGCUCCCCCCAGAUGUCAUCAGAUGGCUUGAGCUUGCUAAGCUUUACCGCUCUCUGGGAGAUUAUGAUGUCCUUCGUGGUAUUUUCAGUGGUAAGAUUGGGACUAAGAAAAUUACACAGCAAGCAUUGCUGGCAGAAGCAAGGAGUGAUUAUGCUGAAGCAGCUAAAUGUUAUGAUGAGGCACUCUCCAAAGAAGACUGGGAAGAUGGGGACCCAACUGAAGCAGAGAAAGACUUCUGGGAACUUGCAUCUCUGGAAUGCUAUGACCACCUCACAGAGUGGAAGUCUCUGGAGUAUUGUGCUACUGUUAAUAUUGACAGUGGUAAACCUCCAGACCUGAGCAAAACAUGGAAUGAUCCAUUUUAUCAGGAGACAUAUCUGCCCUAUAUAAUACGCAGUAAGUUGAAGCUACUGCUCAAUGGGGAAAAUGACCAGACUUUGCUGACUUUCAUUGAUGAGGCAAUGAAGACAGAACAGAAGAAAGCUCUGAUGGAAAUGCAUUACAGCCAAGAGCUUAGUCUCCUUUACAUCCUGCAAGAUGAUUUUGACAGAGCCAAAUAUUACAUUGGCAAUGGCAUGCAGAUCUUCAUGCAGAGCUAUUCUAGUAUUGAUACUUUAUUAUACCAAAGUCGAAUGAGCAAACUGCAGUCUGUACAAGCUUUGACAGAAAUACAGGAUUUCAUCAAUUUUAUGACUAAAACAAGUAACUUAGCUCCAAGGGCUAAAUCCCUGAAGAGACUUCUCAGAACUUGGACAAGCAGAUAUCCAGAUGCUAAAAUGGAUCCCAUGAACAUCUGGGAUGAUAUCAUUACAAAUCGGUGCUUCUUUCUUGACAAGCUGCAAGAGAAAUUUCUCUGUGAUCAGGCCAAUGAUAGUAUGGAGGUGGAUGAAGAAAAUGGUGUUGGAGACCAAAUGGAAGUAGAUCAACAGGAUGAAGACAUUCACUCAAUGAUUAGAAGCUGCAAAUUUAACAUGAAACUGAAGAUGAUAGACAGUGCCAGAAAACAGAACAGCUUCUCUGUUGCCAAGAAGCUUUUGAAGGACCUGCGCAGAGAGGCCCGAACGAGGGAGGACUGGCUGGUGAGGUGGAACUGUGCCUACUGCCGCUUCGUGCAUAGCUGCAGCCAGAGCCAGAGUUGUCCUGAACGAGUGCUUUCUGUGUUAAAAACCAUCUCCCUGCUAGAAGAUACCAAGUCAGACUACCUUAACGAGAACAUGAUGGCCUUCCGAAACCAGAAUCUUCUGCUGGGUACUACAUACCACAUCAUGGCCAAUGCUCUUAGUCAGGAUCCAAAAUGCUUUGAGCAAAUAGAGGAAGAAAAAGCUGGGAAAAUAUUGGAACUGUUGGGAGAAAGUUCUCAGAGUCCUAAAAAGAUAUUAGCAGGUCUGAACAAGAGAGCUUUUCAGUGUUUCAGCAGUGCUGCAAGGAAGUCUGAAGAGGAAGUGCAGUCCCUCUCCAUGGAACACGUUGAUGUGAAGGGAGUUAUCACUGCAUAUAUGACUUUGGUUGGUUUCUGUGACCAACAUCUGCGUAAGGAAGAAGAAGGCUCACUUGAAAUUAACGCUGCAGAUCUGCAGCUAUUCCCAGCUAUUGUGGUGGAGAAAAUGAUAAAAGCUUUAAAACUGAACUCCAGAGAAGCCAGGCUGAGGUUUCCUCGACUGCUACAAAUAAUUGAAAGAUAUCCAGCAGAGACACUGGGUCUGGUGACACGAGAGCUCUCUUCAGUUCCCUGCUGGCAGUUCAUCGGUUGGAUUAGCCAGAUGAUGGCACUCCUUGACAAGGAUGAGGCAGUGGCUGUGCAGCACACUGUUGAAGAGAUCGCAGAUACCUACCCCCAGGCAAUCAUCUACCCAUUCAUGAUCAGCAGUGAGAGUUUCUGCUUCAAAGAUACCGCAGCAGGCUGUAAGAACAAGGAGUUUGUAGCAAGCAUUAAGAACAAGUUGGACAGAGGAGGAGUAGUUCAAGAUUUUAUUCGCUCCCUGGAACAGCUCUCUAAUCCUGUAAUGCUUUUUAAGGACUGGGUUGAGGAUGUCAGAAAUGAACUUGUAAAAACUCAGAGGAAUAAAAUUAAACUUAAGGAAAUGUAUGAAGGAAUGUACAAGAAUUUGGGAGAUGUGAAGGCUCCUGGUCUUGGAUGGCUGAGGAAACAGUUUGUUCAGGCUUUUGGGAAGGAUUUUGACAGUCAUUUUGGAAAAGACGGUUCAAAGCUGUUGGAUAUGAAGGCCUGUGAUUUUAAUGAGAUCACAACAUCUCUUCUCACAAAAAUGAACAAAACCCAUAAAGAACCUGCAAACCUGAAAGAGUGUUCACCAUGGAUGAGUGAAUUCAGAGCUGAGUUCUUGAGGAAUGAGCUGGAGGUCCCUGGUCAGUAUGAUGGGAAGGGGAAACCUCUGCCAGAGUACCACGUGAAGAUCUCUGGGUUUGAUGAACGGAUAAUGGUAUUGGAAUCCUUGAGGAAACCCAAGCGCAUAACAAUCCGAGGCAGCGAUGAGCAGGAGCAUCCUUUUCUUGUCAAAGGUGGAGAAGACCUGCGACAAGACCAACGCAUUGAGCAGCUGUUUGAUGUAAUGAACAUCGUCCUUUCCCGAGAUGCUGCCUGCAGCCAAAGGAAUAUGCAGUUGAAAACUUACCAGGUCAUCCCCAUGACCACAAGGCUGGGACUCAUCAAAUGGCUGGAAAAUACCUGUACUUUGAAAGAAUUCCUGAGGAACAGCAUGACUGAAGAGGAAGACACCAACUAUAACAGUCGAAAAGGACCUCGUGCUGCCUAUAGUGACUGGCUGUCCAAAAUAGGUGGGAAGGCACAAGGCUUAUCUCGAUACACUGCUAUGUACAAAAAUGCAAGCCGCACAGAAACAGUUACUGCCUUCAAGAGCAGGGAGAACAGUGUUCCAGAAGAUCUGCUGCGGAGAGCCUUUGUGAAGAUGAGCACAUCUCCUGAAGCUUUCCUGGCUCUGCGGUCCCACUUUGCCAGCUCGCACGCACUGAUGUGCAUCAGUCACUGGAUACUCGGAAUUGGAGACAGACACCUGUCCAACUUUAUGAUUAACAAGGAGACAGGUGGCAUGGUGGGAAUAGACUUCGGGCACGCGUUUGGCUCAGCCACACAGUUUCUGCCUGUGCCAGAACUGAUGCCUUUCCGCUUGACACGCCAGUUUGUGAAUCUGAUGAUGCCAGUGAAGGAGUGGGGCCUCAUUUACAGCGUGAUGGUGCAUGCCCUGAGAGCUUACCGUGCGGAUCCUGAUCUCCUCAUCAGCACAAUGGAUGUGUUUGUAAAAGAGCCUUCCCUGGACUGGAAGAACUUUGAACAAAGGCAGCUGAAAAAAGGAGGCACGUGGAUUAAGGAGAUAAACACUGCUGAAGUAAACUGGUACCCUUUGCAAAAAAUCAGCUAUGUCAAAAGGAAACUUACGGGUGCCAAUCCUGCACGAAUCACUUGUGAUGAGCUGCACCUGGGCUAUGAGAAGUCACCUUCUUACAAUGACUUUGCAGCUGUUGCUCGUGGCAGCACUGACCAUAAUAUCAGAGCCAAAGAGCCAGAGGAUGAACUGUCUGAGGAGACCCAGGUGCGGUGCCUGAUAGACCAAGCGACGGAUCCCAAUGUCCUCGGCAGGGUGUGGGAAGGAUGGGAACCUUGGAUGUGAGGCUGCGCUUGAAAGUCCAGUCUGACAAGGGGAGGGAACCCUCAUACACAGCUGCAGCCAGUCCAACUUUAAGGCCAAGGAGUGAAAAGCCACUUUUAUCAUCGUUGGUUAACUUGACUAAUACAGGAAAUGUUCUUGUACUUAAACAGUGAUUUGUUUACAUGGUUCUGUAACCAAACAGCUGUAUUGGCCUCAUGUUAAAAUCAAUGUGGGAAGAAACUGGUGAAGCUGCAGAGCUUUAGGGGCAAUCUGGAAGGUGCUCCAGUCAUGCAGACCAAAGCAGGAAUUCACACCCUCUAGACUUGCAGCCAUCCUUUCAGUGAAAGUGUGUGCUUUGUUCGUUUUUGUUUUUCUUCCCAAAGAUCUUGCUGGAAACCAUUCUGCAGAUACAUUAUUUGUAAUUAAAAUGGGAAAGUUGUUCCGUCAGUAGAAACUGUAAAGCGUGCAGUACAACUAAACAGAAAAUAUCUUUUAAUGCUAGAGAACAUUGUCGUAUCUGGAUGGCUGUUUCAUUUCUGGAUGAUGAGAAAGCAGUGAUAGCACCAGUUUGUUACAGCAGUUUGGUUUUUAACAUUUAGGCAUUUUGGUCUGUGACCUCUGUACUUUAUAGAGGUCUGCAGUCCUCAUUUUUUAUUAAUGCCAAAUUAUUUCAGAAAGCCGAAGCCAAAAAGAGGCACUGACAGCACAGCAGAGAACUGCAGGCUCCUUGCCAUACCUGCAGCACAGCGAAGUAAUAGCUGUUGCACUUUGGUAUUUGCGUGUUACAAAGCUGAGGAACUGUGCGAGGUUUGGCUCUUCUUGCUGGCAGCUCUCGGUAACCUUGGUGGCAGGUACAGCACAGGCAACAAGGGGGCAAGAUAGUUCUCUUAAAACACUGUGGUUAUUUGUUACCCAGAGUUCAAUGCAGAAGAUAACUUCCAUUGAUGUUUUUAAUAAUUAUCAUAAAAGGUGUAAUAAAAGUGAGUCUUUGCCCUUUCACUGUUCAGGAGCAUUCCUUCCUGCCUCUGUGCCCAGUGCACCGCACACUGGGGAGCAGGGCCUGGCCUGGCUAAGGGAGAUGAAUUUGGGGAGGCUGCAGGCAGAGCCCUGAUGGGUGGGGAAGGGAGCUGGCAGUGGUGCAGUAACUGCUGUUUGUUACCUUGUUUCAUAUUACAAAAAAGACCUCACUUAUUGAAAAAAUAAAAAUAAGUCUUCAGAUGCGCUGCUCACUUCUUAGGUUAGUUUAGGGCACUUAGCUGAAAACAUCAGAAAUUACCCAUAGGUGCAGCUAGAGGUUAGAGGACAGGUUUUUUCCACAAGUGUGCACUGUAGUCUGUUUUUAUAUACGUGUGUGUGUGUGUUUUCAUGGGCAGCUAUAAAACAGGUGGCACUGUGACUGACGCUCGGUUCUGAAGUUGUCAGUCUACAAAUGUAAGAAAGUUAAAGCCCAAUAAAAAGCAACAUGAAAAGGCAAGGAGAUAUUUAGUGAUGAAGUGGCUGCUUGUAGGAGGUGUUAAAUGGCACUUUUGGCACAUACCUCUGAUAUAUACAAGGUACUUUGACCUGUACCAUGGAGGACAAAGUUUAGGUUUACAGUUUAACGAGGCUCUUCUCGUGGUGACUUUUGAUACCUGCAGCAGCACUGGAUGUCGCUGCUUGGCGGGUCUCUGCCGGGGCUGGAUGUAAGCAGGAAUGUGGUGCAAGUAGCUCUGACACCAUGGGCCUUGACAGCCUUUGGGAGAUGCCUACAGCACUUACAAAAACCGUUCAAAAUAAUUAUAAAAUUGGUUCUGGCCCUAAACGAAAUGCUGUAAUUUGAAGCCACAGCUACCUCAGUCCUAUUAGCAAUGUGUUUGUCAGCCUCACGAAGCAGUUGUGGAACAAAGUCUGCAUAAAACCGCUGCCUUCUCACAAGCACUUCCCAUGCAAAGUGAGUGCAAUUACCCUAAUGAGCAGUAAAUGAGCAGGCUUUCUCUGCAGCUAUAUACGCCUGAAACUAACCUCCAACAUAUGUAAAUUGCAGUUGUCAUCCAGUCCACAUUUGACUGCUUUAAAUAAAAUACAGAAGUUAAAGGGAAUUCUGAAGCUAAUCCAUGAAGGAGCAAGGAAAGCACUGACGUAAGGAAAACCUCAGGCUGCUGGGCACUGUGCUUCACAGGGUGGUUUUGUUCUGGUUCCAGAAAAGAACUAAAUGAUGCAGGGCUCAAAGGCAAGAGAUUGCCACAGGUCUCAUGAUGCACAGCACAACCUAGCAGCUGUCCACAAGUGCAGCAGGGUAUUUCCUUCCUCAGUUAAGCAGCCAGAUGUGGGCUGUAGCUGGAAGUGCAUUAGUUGUGUCUGAAAAGCUAUGCAGCCCAUUAGCUUAUACUCUCAGUAGGCUUCUGUUAGUGUACAGAGUAGUGCGCCCUUUAAGCUCACUGCUGCCAUCCCUGUCAAUCUUAUAAUUUCCCUCUAAUUAAACAUUGAACAGUCAUUUGACUGUUCAAUGUAGAGGAAAACCAACUCCAUCCUCCAGUUUCAUUUCUUAAUGACAAAGAAAUUUGGGCAUGCUGCAUGUCAUGCUCAGGUAUUUCCUAUUUCAAUCCAUCCCAUCACCCCGCUCUACAGCUGCCUUUUCCAGCCCACGAACCAGGGUUCCCCUGGAAGCUGCUCUGUCACUGAGCCAGGCGAGGCCUGCAAGGCCCUGCUGCCAUCAGCCCCUCUGGCACAGUGCCGUACAUCUGCCUGGGCAGGAGAGCUCUGGGAGGAUGGAGAGGAUUGAAGCAAGGCUGAAGCCUCGCCCCAAUUCCUUGCCUUCCCUUUGGGCCAUCCCCACAUUUAGCUCUGCACUCCCAUUCCUCAGGUUCCUGGGAGUCACAGCGGCACUGCAGAGUGAAGUGUGUCUAUUCUCUCCAGAAAACUCCCAGAGUUUCCUUGUUUCUUUUUGUCUUCUAUGCUCAAGCAAGACCGGCUCUUAUAGAAAUUCAGAUGCUUUUUAAUGCUCUGUAAAACUUACCGCAGGCAAGGAGGCUUAGUGCCUCAGGUACGCAGCAGUCUGAGUGAUCCAAGUUCCUGUCUCUUUGCCUGUGAAAGUUGAACAUGAGUCAGCAACAUGCCCCUGCAGCAAGGCAGCUGGUGGUGUCCUGGCUGCAUGAUGACGGCAUGGCCAGCAGGCCGAGGGGUGAGCUGAAGCUGCAGCUGGAGCACAGAGCUCAGGUCUGGAUCCUCAGUACAAGAGAGACCUGGCCCUGACACAACACAGGGCCUCCUGUGAGGAGAGGCUGAGAGAACCGGGCCUGUUUAGCCUGAAGGAAUCUCCUGGGGAUCUCACCAGUGUCAAUAAAUACCUGAAGGGAGGGAGCAAUGAAGCCAGACUCUUUACGGUAGUUCCUAGUGCCAGGAUAAGAGGCAAUGGACACAAACUGGAACACAGGACGUUCUCUCAGAGCACCAGGAGCACUUCUGUGCUGUGCAGGUGACGGAGCACUGGCACAGGCUGCCCAAAGGCUGUGUGUGGCUCUGUUGCUCAGAGACCUUCAGCAGCUGCCAGGAUGUGGGCCUGGGCCCCUGAUCUGGUGUUCCUGCUCCUGGGGCAGGAGUUGGGCCCAAUGGACCCAGAGGGCACUGCCAGCCUCAGCCAUUCUGGGGUGCUGUGAAAUUGUUCAUGCAACAAAACUGCUGAAGUGGAGUGCAAGUAAGUCCUAUGGGGAGCAGUUGAGGGAACUGGGAUUGUUCAAUCUGGGGAGGAGAAAGCUCGGGGGGAGACCUUGUUGCUCUCUACAAUCGCUUACAAGGAGGUUGUAGCAAGGUGCGGAUCACUCUUCUCCCAGGUUACUAGCAAUAAGACAAAAGGUAAUGACCUGAAAUUUUGUCAGAAGAUGUUCAGGUUGGAUAUUAGGGGAAAAAAAAAACCUCGGAAAGAGUGGUGAGGCAGUGGCACAGGCUGCCCAGGGAGGUGGUGGAGUCACCAUCUCUGAAGUGUUCAACAAACACAGAGAUGUGGCACUGAGGGGGUGGCUGGCAGUUGGAUCAGAUGGUCUUUUAGAAGUCUUUUCCAACCUUAAUGACUCUAGAACUCUAUGCAAACAGCUUCUGAGGCUUCAGAAGAAUGUGGCUGUAUUCCUGCCUUGAAUCCCCGAAUCCUGUUUACUUUGGUAAACAGCAUCACUUUUACUUGCUUAGAUGCCUCCGAGCUUCACACGUGAGGAGGAAGCGCUGAGAACCGCCACCUGAGCCGGGCUCCAGCAGUCACCUGCUGGAACGCCGGGACGAAGGCAGCCAGGGCAAGGCUGCUUCUUUACGAAGAAUACGAAGGCAGCAGCUCGUGCCCCUUUCCCACCUCAGAGCCGCGCCGGCUGCCCGCACAGCGGGGCUCUGCGUCCGAGCGCUCGCCUCGCGCCUCGGGAGGGCGCUGGGGUGCUGGGAGCGGGGCCGAGCGGAGCCGCCGCGGCCCCGGUGGGACGGGGCGACGCGAGGAGGGGGCAGGAGCCGGGGACCCGGCAUCUCCGCCUCCCUCCGUCCCCCCGGGGCCGCCAGGUGGCAUCGCUCGGCGGCGCCCGAGGGAAGGCGGCGUGCAGGUGCCAAGGGAGGAGCCGCGCGGACAGGGGCCGGCAGCACCUCACCCUUUCCCACCCCUCCGCGCACACACGCACACCCGAGGGGCAGGGACGAGCCCGGCCGCCUCCCCCUCCUCCUCCUCCUCCUCCUCCUUCACGGCCUCGCACCCCACCCGCUCCCGCCUCCGGGUCCCCGGGGGUGCCGGGAACACCCCGCGCCCGUCACUGGGACGGGAGGCGGGGCCGCCGCCGUAUAAGAAGGCACCGAGCGGCCGCCUGCACUGCCAGGUCCCGAGACGCGCCCGCGGGGAGCAGCGCCCGGCGCAGCGCAGCACAGCGCAGCGCAGAGCAGCACGGCAGUCCGGAGCCGCUCCGCAGCCCGGUAGCGCUCCGCAGCCCGGAGCCGCAGGCAGCAGCCCGGCCCCGCUCCCCUCCGCCCGUCGGACGCUGUGGAGCCGCGAGCGGCGCGCAGCAGCGGGUGGUGC